AUGGGUGUCAAUGAUAGAGAUGUAGUGAUUGGAGCAGCAACGGUCAUACAGACGAGGCAGAAUACUCAAGAAACGUACUUGAUCGCAAAAGCCAAUAUGCCAAUCGCUGUCACUGAACAAUCGUCACUUCCGAAAGUGGGAAUCAAUGGUUUCGGUCGUAUAGGUCGAGCUUUAUUCCGACUGUUGCUCGAAAGAGAAGAUCUAUUGCUGGUGGCAGUGAAUCACACCGCACAUUCCUCUGAACAUCUGAUGACGGCAAUUAUGCAUGAUUCAACACAUGGAAGAUUCCGAUCAGGGGCCGACCUGUCCAUCUGUCCUGAAGAUCAUCCUAGUCUUCUCAAAGCUACGCCUAACAACCCCAAACCUUCAGCAUUGAUCUUCCGAGGAAGGAUUAUACAUUUGUUUUCAGAGAGGGAUGCCACAAAAUUAGAUUGGUCUUCUGCAAACGCGGACUACAUUAUGGAAUCAACUGGAAAAUUGACCACUAAGGAGAAAGCCGAAGUGCAUAUCAAGCAUGGAAAAGCUAAAAAAGUUUUGAUUUCGGCACCAAGUAAAGAUACAUUGAAUUGCGUAUACGGUGUAAAUCAUCAUGUGUACAUUGGGAAAGACGAUGUCUUAAGUAAUGCUUCCUGUACAACAAAUUGCUUGGCGCCUUUAGCACUCGUUCUUCAACGAGCCUUCGGUGUGGAAACUGGAAUGAUGACAACAAUUCAUGCAAGUACAGCAAGUCAGAAAGUGCUUGAUGGAUUCAGUACGAAAGAUAUCAGACAGGGUCGUUCGGCUAUGGGAAAUAUCAUCCCAGCGACUACAGGUGCAGCCCAAGCAGUAGUAAAGGUUCUGCCGGAGUUAGCAGGCAAAUUCCAUGGUAUAUCCGUUCGAGUACCAGUAACAAAUGUUUCUCUUGUCGAUUUGACUGUGACACUGUCGACACCUGUUGCGUCCAAGGAAGCUUUGAUCAGACCAUUCAGAGCAGCGGCGGCCCGGCGACCAAUCCAAUCGAGCACUCCUCAUCCGGAUGGUCCAGCUUUAGCUGGUGUAUUGGGUGUAUCAGAUGAGAAAUUAGUUUCCUCAGAUUACCUAUCUUCGACUCAAAGUAGUAUCCUAGACGUCGAUGCGACUGUCAUGCUGAAUGAUAGAACCGCAAAGAUAGUAGCUUGGUAUGAUAACGAAUGGGGAUUUUCCUCUCGAAUGUGUGAUCUUGUCGCUUACAUGGCUAGAAGGACGGAGGAGGAUUAA